AUGAUGGAGGGGGGAGGGGGGGUUAUUGGGGGAGCGAGGGAUGAAGGGAGAACCGGUGAAGGUCGAGCAUCUCAAGUGUGUGUUUUGUGUAAACGUGUGACCGUGUUGUGUACCUCAGAUGUGGCAGUGCACUGUGGCCUGAGUCAGAAUGGUCUGGAGCUGCACCCGGAGGACGUGACAUCACAGCUCGAGGAGGAGGAGGAGUCAGUGGACGCCGGGCCUCUCCCAUUGGACAACAACCUCAGCCCCGGUUACCACGAUGUCAGCCCCGGUUACCAUGACGUCAGCCCCGGGUACCACGACCUCAGCCCCGGGUACGACUUCUGCCCGCCCGGGUUCCAGCGCCGGCCCCCUCCCUACCGCUCUGUGUCCGAGUCGGAGCUCUCCAAGUACAGAGCUCGGCCACCAGAGGGCAGCGUGAGACUGGGAAAUGUAGCUUCAUGA